CCCCCACCAUACCAGGUGCAACAUUGUGCGACUUCGAGAGCCCGACUAACCGCUGGUGCAGCUUCACACAGGACGCCCCGAAUCAAAUUAUCUGGAAAGUAAAAGCUGGUCUCACUCCUUCAGCCGAUACCGGCCCUUCCACGGACGUGACGUUUGGGAGCAGUAGCGGGCAUUAUAUUUACCUCGAAGCAAGCGGUACAAAUGCCGCCGAAGGAAACAAGGCCCGAAUCAUCACCCAGGCAAUAUCUUCUGCAUCUCCAAAAUGUCUGAAAUUUUACUUCAAUAUGAAUGGAAUCAACAUCGGCACCCUCAAUGUUUACCGAAAAGACACGAGCUCGGGGCUGGAGACGAAAUUAUUCAGCGUCUCGGGUAAUUUCGGCGAUCUGUGGUACCCGAGGAGUAUAACAUUAGAGAGCGGGGCUUAUUCUGUUGUCAUAGAAGCGGUGCGCGGUAACGGAUACAGGAGCGACAUCGCCGUGGAUGACAUACUCAUUCAAGAUGGUAGUUGCCGAGACGACCACCCGGUACGUCUCAGAGGCGGUGAUGGCAGUAAUGGUCGAGUUGAGGUGAGGCACCUCGGCAAGUGGGUAACAGUGUGUGAUGAAACUUUCGACUAUAGGGACGCUCGAGUUCUCUGCCGACAGAUUGGAUAUCAAUAUGGAAAGGCAGUGCCAUUAAAACCAUACGGAGAAGGUACAACAAAAUGGCAAAUGACAAAUAUUGACUGCGAAGGUGAAGACAAUGACGUCAUGCAGUGUCGUCCAAUCAUAGUGCGAGGCGGUUGCCCACAUUCCCAGGAUUCAGCCGUGCAGUGUGGGGAUGACCAAUCAUCAGAUGUCCAGUUGCGUCUUGCUGGGGGGUCCAGUGACUACGGACGAGUGGAGGUAAUGUACAACGGGACAUGGGGGACUAUUUGUGACCACUACUGGUCAGACGAGAACGCCAAAAUUGUUUGUAAGCAGCUGGGAUAUUCUGAAGGCAAGGCAUACAGAAACGCCAGGUUUGGCAUCGGGUCUGGACCAAUAUGGCUGUCGGGCGUGCGCUGUGUCGGGGAAGAACCGGUGAUUGAUUUCUGCAACAAUAUGCAGUGGGGAGAGCAGUCGUGUGACCAUUUCAGUGAUGCUUCUGUCGCCUGUACAUCUGAAGCUAUUCAAAGAUUUUCUACCACCAUUGAUUGCGAAUUUGAGACUGAAGACAACCGCCUGUGUGGAUACACCAAUGUUAGUGGGGACUGGAUACUGUGGGCUGGACCCAGUAGCUCUCGAAACAGCGGGCUAUUAGGCCCUGCACACGACCACACUAAAGGAACCAAAACUGGUGGAUACAUGGCAGCCGGGGCAAAGGGCAUUUUGAAGGACGUUCAGUAUCUUCGGUCACCACCUGUUACCAUCACUACAUCUUCCUGCCUUCAAUUCUAUUACCACAUGUUCGGGCAAUCCAUGGGGUCUUUGAACGUCUAUAUCAACCGAACGUCCAAUCACCAAGCGACACGUGUCAUGUCAGCUGAUGGUAACCAAGGCGACCUGUGGAAACUGGGCCAAGUGAAUUUGACAUCUCAAGGAACUUAUAUUGUAGUGUUUGAAGCAGUUCUUGGUGAAGAGAAUAAGAGUGUUAUAGGCUUGGAUGACGUCAGUCUCACGGAGGGACCAUGUCAAAAUAGAGCGGAAUAUGGCAGCGUACGACUUGCGCCAGACGAUGGGGCAUAUUACGGUCGUCUAGAGGUGUACUACGGUGGCUCAUGGGGGUCGGUUUGCGACGAUGGCUGGGAUGACAACGCUGCAACUGUUGUCUGUAGGAUGCUUGGGUACCAGCACGGAAAGUCGUACGUCGGAGCGUAUUUCGGUCAGGGGUCUGGGAUCAUAAUGUUAGAUGAUGUCCAGUGCAGUGGGCAUGAAGGGUCAUUGUCCGAGUGUUCUCAUGGUCAGUGGGCGCACACUAACUGUGACCACAGAGAGGACGCCGGGGUUUGGUGUUACGAUGGAUCCAACGCACCUCCACCAAGAAAAGGAGACGUCCGAUUAAGGAAUGGGAACCAGACAUAUGAAGGACUGAUCGAGGUGUAUAACGCUGGUUACUGGGGCACAGUAUGUAGUCUUGGCUGGGAUAUCCUUGACAGCACUGUCAUGUGUAGUGCCCUGGGGUUCAGUGGUGCUGUCAGUGCUUGUAAUGCCAGCUCUGGAGACUGUCACGGGCAAGGCAGUGGCGACAUCUGGUUGUCCAAUGUCCAGUGUAAUGGGACGGAAACGGCUAUUGACCAAUGCCCGCACGAUGGCUGGGGUGGUACUCCUUGUACGCAUGAUCAGGAUGUUGGUAUUGUGUGUAAAACCAAAUCCUGCGCUCCCCUUCUACCUCCACCAUUUGCAACUGUAUAUCCCGCCACCUGUUCCUUGACGUCACAUCCGCAACAGACCACGUGCAAUACCACGUGUCAGCAGGGUUACAUUUUACAAGGAAGUGAAACGCACCGCUGUCAGAAAGAUGGCAUUUGGAGUGACAUGACAGGGUUGGAAUGCGUGGAUGGCAUACCACCGACUCUGACGUGCCCACAAAGCAUUGUAGUCACAGCUGCUAGGGGACAUACAUCCGCCACUGCCUCGUGGGCCGACCCGCAGGCUUCAGAUAACUUGCCGGGCGCAGUGCAAAUUUCACAAAGUCUUCGUUCCCCGGCAACCUUUGGGGAAGGGGUAACGCACGUGUACGUGAACGCGACGGAUAAGGCUGGUAAUAUUGCCACGUGCAGUUUCACAGUCGAAGUUCAAGUUAAGAGAUGCCCAAACCUGACACUUCCGAGGCAUGCGCACGUCAAAGACGAAUGUAGAUCACACUGGGGCGCCGUCUGUACGAUAGGGUGCGCCACUGGCUACACACUGGCUGGAAACGAGUACGUCAUUUGUGAGGCGCAUAAUGCCACCACCGAUACUAACUGGGGACCGAUAACUGGAGCCUGCAACAUUGUUCAAUGCUCCGAACUCCCAGUCCGCCCCCACACCACAAAAUCCACCUGCAGACAGCCUUACAACUACGGAGAUGUAUGUCAACAGAAAUGCGCUGAUGGGUACGAGCUCGAGUCGGGGAACGCCACUAGAACAUGCACAGAACAAGGGGUGUGGUCGGGGGAGCCUGUUAAUUGUACAGUGAAGAGGUGCCCAGGCUUAUCCCCGCCAAGCAAUGGCACCGUAAUCCCAGGCCCUUGUAAGUCUGCGGACGGCGUGGUGCCGGGUAGCGUAUGUACCAUCUCCUGUCUAGAGGGUUACCGGGUGGAGGGGAACUCGGAGAGAACUUGUCUCACAGGAGGCCACUGGUCGGGUGUCGCGGCAAGAUGCUCAGUGAACGCAGCCCCUUUGUUAGACUGCCCGGAUGACAUAACGGUCAAAACAACGGGAGGCAACCUCUCUGCAACAAUAUCUUGGGACGAACCGACGGUCCUCGAUGGCAAAAACGGCACCGUAGAUUUCACGUAUUCCCAUAGCAACCCAGGGACGUUCACUGAAGGAACUCACACCAUCGUUGCCACGGGACACCGUGAUGGUGACAGCGGGACAUGUACAUUUCACAUCCAGGUCAUAGUACCAAGAUGCCCAUUAGCAGACGAGACCAAGGAAUCUGGUAUAGUUUACAUAGACUGUCAGAAUCAUGAAGGGGCCACUUGUGCUGCCAUCUGCCGUUCAGGAUACCUACAAGUGGGAUAUUCCAAUAGAACAUGUGACGUCAUAGAUGGCGUAGCUGCAUGGCGUGAAGGAAACUUCAGUUGUCGGGAUAUUGAGCCUCCGAGUCUGUCCGACUGUAUCCCGUUUACUAGGAUAGUCUUAGAAAAAGGACAGGACAAAACAAAUGUGACCAUAUCACCGCCAGUAUUCAAUGACAAUUCUGGAGUUGUCACAGUGACAAAGAACGCCACACUUCCAACAUCCCUCCAACCAGGUAAUCACACUGUCGUCUACACUGGGAUAGAUGGCGCUGGUUUAUCCACUGCCUGUACCGUCGUGAUAUCAGUAGUCGACCUUGAACCCCCGCACGUGCCGGACUGCAUGCCGUACCGGGAAAUCUACUCCAAAACGAGUCCAAGCGGUAUGGACAUCCAGGCGCCUCGCUUUACCGACAAUGUGGGCAUAAUUGAGGAGACAGCUCAGGGAAAUCCAAAUAGCCCAGUGUCCUGGGGAUCUUAUGACAUCACGUAUAGCGCAGCGGAUGUAUCUGGGAACGUGGCUACCUGCAAGAGUGAAAUUGCUGUGAUAGGCAAAACGUGCAAUGACCUUCCCGACCCUUUCAACGGAAAGUCCGUGUCGCGUGUAGAUGGGAAAUCCAAUCUGUGGACAAUAAAAUGUACAUCCUCAUUCUUAACGCUACCUCAGUUCUCGGACUAUUUCUACAAUUGCACGCAAGGUCGCUGGCACCCGACGUCGACAGCCAUCCCUUGCUUAGCCAAACAUCCAUACAACAGAGUUAGACUAUCCGGGAGUUUCAUCCUUGCUAACCUCAAAGGGCGCUGUACGGAUGCCGUGUACAGACAACAGAUGGCGACAGCGUUCAAGGGGAUGCUUUUAGACCGCGGAUUUAAGGGUGUUUGCAGCGUGUACUCGUGUAAAACUGAUGUCACCAUAACAUGUGAACCUGAACCUAUAGCGCUAUUUAAUACUGACGUAGAAUCAAGCAUAUCCAUACCACAUGAUUUGCAAACGAUGGUGGAUAGUUCGACAUUAGAGUUGAGAAGGGAAUUAAUAAAUGAAAUAACAUUUAUGGUGGUGGUAGCGGUGGAACAGCAUGAAAUCACAGUGGUCACAGAUAGAUCUUAUAUCCAAAGUCCACAGGGCAACUGCCGUGAUGGGCAGCAGCUAGUUUCAGGAGGUUGUGUGUCUUGUCCACAAGGAACAUUCUUCAACACUGAAACGAGGCAAUGCGUCCUCUGUCCAAAAGGAACCUACCAGCCCAUUUCAGAAAACUUGUUUUGCCGCCCUUGUCCAAAUAACACAACCACGGAAACGAUGGGAGCUGCCCAUGUAUCUGAGUGCGUUGGGUACUGUCAGUGUGACUCGUAUUCCUACAACGGCCUUGAGCCUUGUAUUACAGCGUGUCCAUGUGGUGCCCCAGAAACAAGGAUCAGGACUACAGACGGUUGCGGCACACCAUGUACAGAUGUUCUAUGCGCUGUUCAUACAAGACCGUUUUCCAAUACGACGCCCCCUUACGUAGAUUUUAUGCCAGCAGGGAUAGCGGGCGGGGUUGGAGGAGCAGCGGUUUUGCUAGUCCUAAUUAUAAUCAUAUUUUAUAAACUGAAGAAACGAAGGAAUUCUGUCCCUUCUUCCGCAUUUGAACAACCAGAAGACCAAGAAGAAUCAUACGAAAGAUUACGAAGUAACAUAGAAAGCUCAGCCGACUCGGGGUUUUCUGGCGACUCCGCAGAAUCUGUGGAACUGUGGGAACGACAAUCCACGUACGACGAAAUACCAGCAGACGGAACUGACAGCAUUUCGGCAGACGAUCUUCCUGAUCCGCCAGAAGUCUCGAGGCACAAGGCCAUACGGCAAAAAUCGGGAGCUUAUACACACCACCUCCCUCAUCUCACACGGAGGCUAACGGAAGAGCGGUCCCAAGGCGCCUCCGACCAGUACACCAACCCCAUCGCAAAGCAACCCCCGCCGAUCGCAAAGAAGCCACUAUGGGCGUACAAAUCCGCUUCUACGCGGGUCACGUCGAUCGGCGCCGAGCCACCUCCGGAUUACGAUACUGAUGAUGAUAAUGGAGACCUUAAAUUGGGGGACUACCUUUCCAUGGACGGCCAAAGUGCCAAACCAGAUGGAAAAUUGGGCGAUUACCUUACAAUCGGUGGAAGUGGUGCAAUUCCAGACACAAAGGACAAUGAGCAGAGUGAGGCGCUGGACGAUUACGUCAAACCAAGUGCACCGGAAACAAAGAGCAGCAUUGUGGGAGAGGAAACUCGGGAAGCUUCGGAAAGCUCUUCCUCGGCAGUUUUCGUGCCGACUCCAAGACUCGUCACCAGGGAGCGCACAAACACGUAUGUGAAACAUCCAAUACAACCGCAAGCAGGGGCUCCACCGCGUGAAAAUGAUUCACACUGACAUGCCGCCAACUUGAUUUACUUGACGCAUUCUCAAUAAUAUAUACUUCUACAGGCGUUAUGAUGGGAUAAUUACACAAUAACAAACGGGUUUUUUUUCAGUUGAUAUAUGACUAACAUUAAUGCUAAUUGUACAGGGAAAAUGAACGAUAUUCCAGAAAAGAAAUAUCUUGUGUGCUUGAAUCUGUUGACGAACUAAAGUACUAAGGAAAGACGUCGAUCAAGUUGUUAUUAAUGUACAUUGUACUGAAGCUCGACAAAAUUAAACAUUCUUAUUUUAAGAAGCCAGAUUUUGUUUGGGCACUAUUAUAUUAAGUCAAGUAAGUGAUUUAAUGUUAGCAUGAUGUCGUAGAGUUAUAUAAAAAUGGUAACAUUUUGCUGCAGAUUCCUUCUACCCUGCAGACAAAGUGAAAAAAAUUAUAAAAGAAAGUCUAUCUAAAUAUACUGAACAAAAAUAUAAACGCACGAAAGAAUAUGUAGAUUUAUUUUAAUAUAUGGAACUAGAGUAUAUAGCCAAAAAUAACAGCAUAUUUUACUCGACAAAUAGACAUCAAUUUGAGAGCAUUAAGGGAAGUUUAAAUGCAUAGUCCAAGAGUUAGAGCAUCAAAUACACCAUUGGGGGUCAACAUCCUGAGUUCACAGACACCAUUAAAGUUGUGCACAGCAGUACACCAGCGGCGCAUGGACAUCACUAAGUUGUCAAUAGAUGCCUAAGGGAUAUUAUCCCAUUCCUCCUGGAGUGCUUCUUGCAGUUGGCGAACAUUUUCGAGAGCUGGAAUAUGAUGGCUGAAAACUCUGAUCCAGAACAUUCCACAGGUGUUUGUUGGGCGACAUGGUGCAUGAGGGUGGUUCCUAAUGCUACCAGUGUCUCUGAAGCGUGUUCCCAGACGGCUGACAGUGGAAUGAUGCACAUUCAGGCAUGCUGCAACUUCUGUUACUGACAAGCCAGCACUGAGCAUGCUGAUGGCAUGCUCCCUCAUGGUUCCAGACAUCUGUGGCAUGUUGACAAGUGGCAGAAAUACACAUUUUGGCGUGUCUUUUUAUUGCCUAGACGGUAGAGUGUCCGAGUAUUGGUCUUGCAGAUUGACCUCUACUCCGUCAUGCUCCAUUAGUCUUAUGGGUGUAAAAACUGAACCUUUGAGUAUACUCACGGGGAGCGGCCAAGUGAAAC